AUCCAUGAGGUCAAAUGUCGGCAGCUUUGAGCUCGUCGAGAUACGACAGUUCGACCUGUUAGACCGUUGCCCCCUCCAUCUUCCCUCGCUUCUUACGACCCGCGCGUGCAGGGUACGACAAGAUGGCGGCUUCAACUGCAAACGGGACCCCCGCGACGCCAACGCUGCCCGAGGAGGUCAGCAAACCUCCCGAGGGAGUGGUUUUGCCGCCCAAGGAUAUUCGAGCUAUCGUCGAGAAGACGGCUGGUUAUGUGGCUCGUAACGGUGCCAUUUUCGAGGACCGUGUCCGCGAAAAGGAAAAAAAUAACCCCAAAUUUUCCUUCCUGAGUCCCAACGAUGCAUACGCACCAUUCUAUCGAUGGCGACUCAGCGAGAUCAAGGAAGGACGAGGGACUGCUGUCUCAGCAGGACGGCCAGGAGAGGCGGCGGCGGCGCCCGAACCAGAAAAGCCUCAAGGACCUGCGCAACCGCCAGAGUUCCAUUUCUCAGCACGAAUGCCGAUUAUCAACGCUCAGGAUCUGGAAGUGGUCAAAUUGACAGCCCUCUUUGUCGCCAAGAGAGGCAAAUCCUUCAUGACGGCGUUAUCGCAGCGCGAGACGAGAAAUUUCCAGUUCGACUUUCUACGACCGCAACACAGUCUCUACCAGUUCUUCAGCCGAUUGGUAGAUCAGUACACGAUAUUGCUACGACCGGACCAUACCGAACUUCCUGAGACGAAGCGGAUAGGCGAGCUGGAGCAGAACGUGAAGAACAAGUACCACAUCCUGGAACGCGCAAAGCAGCGAGCAGAGUGGGUCAAGUACCAGGAGCAGCAGAAGCAGAAGAAAGAAGAAGAGGAGGAGCAGGAACGGAUAGAGUACGCUCAGAUCGACUGGCACGAUUUCGUGGUCGUCGAGACGGUCCUCUUUACCGAGGCCGAUGACCAGGCAGAGCUACCACCGCCAACAUCCCUCAACGACAUCCAGUCUGCAUCGCUCGAGCAGAAGGCAAUGAUGUCUCUCAAUCCCCUGCGCAUCGAGGAGGCCAUGCCCACAGAUACAGACGACCAUGUCUACUACAACGCCUACCCUGCCGAACCUACACCUCAAUACACUCCCUCCCCUGGCCCACAAGUGCAGCCUCCAGCUCAACCUCAACAACCACUCCCCGCAGCUGCUCCUACCCCGUACAACGUACCACAGCCCGCGCCCGUCGCGCCCGUGGGCGCAUCUCGCGAGGAGGAAGAGCGCGCCGCUGCAGCUCAAACGACCGGCCGACCCCCCACCGUCCCAGGCCAACCGCCCAUGCGCAUCCGAUCCGACUACGUCCCUCGCGCCCAGGCUCGUCGUCUCAACAACGCCGGCGCCACAGCCCUCUGCCCGAACUGCAAACAGCAAAUCCCCGUCUCCGAACUCGAGCACCACAUGCGUAUCGAACUGCUCGACCCCCGCUGGAAGGAACAACGAGCCAAGGCCGAAUCCCGCAGCGCAACCACCAACCUCUCCACCGUCGACGUGGUCAACAACCUCAAACGUCUCGCCAGUCAGCGCAGCGACGUCUUCGACUCCACGCCCAUCGUUCCGGGCGAAAACGUCCCCGAGAGCGAAGAAGAAGCCCGUCGAAAGAGAAUGGCCAUGGGUGCGCAGAUGCCUGCAUACCCUGGUGCUCCUCCCCCUCCCCCCGGUGCUGUCCUGGCGUUGGCCCUACCGUCGGACCGCCUGGCACGAAUCCGCAAAAUAUGGACAUUAAUGAACAGAUCAGACAUAUCCAUCAGAGAUAUGGACAAUAGAAAUGCCAAAAGAAUAUGCAGGAACAAAAGUCGUGUCGUUGCAGUGGUGUGGAGUAUGCAGAUAUUCUUCUAAUCGCGGUUUAAACGGAGUUCUUCUCAUUAUUAUCGGUGGGGGGUUAUUUUUCUUCUUCUUUGAAACAGGAAGAUACGUCAUGUUGUAUAAGUAGUUCUCUCAAAUACUUCGCCUCACUUCUUCAGAUAUCUCAGAUUGAGCGAGCACGAAUCGAACUUGACUAUGAUUCAAUCUACUUGAAACC